UCUUUUAUUACCAUUUCUAAACAAGAACAUCCUACGUUUCGGUGGGAAAUUAUUGUGUACGGUCUCUUCGAAAAAAAUAAAUAAAUAAAUUGUAAUAAAAGUUAUCUAAAUUGUGAAAAAUAAAAGAAAACUAGCUAAUGCAGGAAAAAAAGCCUAUUGCUUAAAUAUGUAAUUAAAAUGUUUUAAAGAAUGUUGAAUAUACAUGCUAUAUUAAGAGCUGGAGAAAAAGUGACGUCAUACUUAAUUAUAGUCAAUUUCUAAUAAGAAAAAUCUGUUUAAUACUAAAAUAGCUCUGGAGGAAAGCACACAAACAUAAAAAUAGUAUCAUUUGUUUAUAUUUUCAACAAGAAAGAAAAUUAUAUUUUCUUAUUUUUGGGACUUGCAGUAAGAAUAUAUUGAGGUGGCUUUAGUUAGAAGUAGGCCUGCCUAUGAAUAUUGUAAUGUCUAAUAUGGAUAUAUAAAUAAUACAGCCACCCCCUAAAGUACUACAACUUACUACUUCCCCUCCCUAGCGUAAACCACAAUAUUUUAACUACGAAAUACUCAAAGUAAUUCUAUCAAAAACCCCUGGACUUCCAAACCAAAAAUUCCACUAAAAUGAAUCGUUCCGAUUCUAUAAGACGAGAUCGUUCAUUCGAUAGUGUUCUCAACAAGUUAAUGCGCAUGCGUUCACAGAAUCAUGAAAGCUUCAAAGCGGCCAUGUACAAUUUCCUAAUUGCUGCUGGUAUAGCAGCAUUUGUAGCAGUUUGUUUUAUACUCGGGCCAUUUGUACGUCCCCUACUAUGGGCCUUUCUAAUGGGUGCGGUAUUAUUUCCGUUUAAGAGGAAAUUAGCGCAAUUAUUAAAUGGUUGGUUUGAGCGGCUGGAGGAACGUGAUUCAAAUGUUUUAGUAGCUUUAAGUUUGGCACCAUUAGAAGCGACUGAAAACUGUGGUAGAUUUCUGGUGGAUUGGUUAAAGGAACACUGGCAAGUGAUAACAGCAGGUGUGGGUAUUGCUACUUGCAUGAAAUUGCUGGUAUUGUAUGCUCCUAAAGGAUUCCUAUGCGCUGUUUGGCGUAUAAUCGUCUUCUCCCAUUCGCUGUUUGUGCAAAUGAUUGGCUUUUUGAAUAUAUAUUUGUUAGCCGCUAUUGUUGCUGUCUAUUUAACAUCCGUCUAUUUCUUUUGGAAACCCUCCAAUAGCAAUCGUUUUAUUAUUGCUGGUCAGUCAUUAUGGAUUGCUAUAAUAAGUUAUGUUUGCAGCUUUUUAGGAGCUCUACAAGUACCUGUUUUUAUAAUGAUUAUGUUAUAUGUGGGUGCAUCUAUAAUUUAUCAUUUACGCACUACCGAAGAAUCAAGUUCUAUUGUGGAAAAACUGAAGAAGCUUUUAGAUAAAACAGAUUUUGAAAAAUCUAUUAGCGCAUUAAAUUUUAAGAACGUCAGCCAACAUUCCGAUAUUGAAGAUGUAUCAUUUAGUGAAACUAUGGAUUCGGUGGAAACACUGGAAGCCUAUGAGGUUAAAGAGGAUAUUACUGAAGAGCAUCAACACUUAAGUGACACCUAUUUUAAGUUCUUGUUCUAUGCCUGCAUAAUAACAUUCCUAUAUCGCAAUGUUUGGAUGUUCAUAUUGGCGGCCAUACCCAUAUUUAUGCAUCUAAUGUUUACUUUGGGUAAAUAUACAGGUUUUACUGAUUUUAUAAGUGCCAAAAUUAAUGAUGUUUACGAAAAGAUAAAGUCUUGGGCCAUCGAACAUCAUUCGGCUGUUUUGCCUCUUUGUCUUCCCGGCAUUUUAGAAUUGAAUUAUAAAAUCAAUACGGUGGUACGUGACUCUCUUAAAUCUUCAGUGGAUUUGGUUACUUCGAUUUUAAUGAUUAUUUUGAUGAUAUUGAUUAUUGUUUUCCUGGGUGUCUUCUUCUGUGUCAACAUAUAUUCGGAAACCAUUGAGGUGGCCUAUUUGGGCAAGGAUCUUAUUAAUAAAACCAUAACAGAUCGUCCAGAAUUAAUUGAUAUUUUACCCGCCAAUAUGCAAUCUUCUAUUGAUGAUGCCCUAGACAAUGCUCAUCAUUAUGGACGUCGUAAAAUUGAAACUUAUAUUGAUGAUUGGCUUACCGAUGCCGAUCCCAUACAUGCCACUAAACUUAAGGAACAAAUUUUAGAUGUUUGGGAUCGUUUAAUACAAUAUUGGAUAGAUUUUAAUAAAUCCGAUUCGUAUGGACCGCGUGUGCCCACCGAUGCCCUUAAGAGUACAUUUGGUGAAAUUGUCGAUAAUCCGGUCCCGUGUACAAAGAAAAAAAAAAAAAAAACAAACAAAUUGAAGUGUCUGCUUAACAUGCAUGUUUCCAUGGCUAACAAAAAGCAAUGUGUUUUUAAUAAAGGACAUUUUAAAGAGCUAGUUUUAGUGGCGAAACAGGGUAUCAUUGGCUGGGCCAAAAGCAACACACAAACCAUAAUGGAAGUAGCUGAAUCUCUAUGGCAUAUAAUACGCACCAAUCUAUCGAUGAUAAUGACAUUCACGGGUGAAAUACUAUCGUUGGUGUUAUCUGGCGGCCAGGCUUGUGUUGAAUUCAUAUUGGAUAUGAUUGUUUUCUUUACGGCCCUUUUCUAUUUGCUGUCGAGCAGUCAAACAAAAUAUGCUCCUCUACAAGUAACCAAACAUUUGGGUGUUUCUUCAUCGGGUUCGAAAAUUGCCGAAGCUUUGGAAAAUUCUAUAUCUGGUGUUUUGAUUUCCAUGUUUAAAAGUUCUAUAUUUACGGGUCUUUUUACCUGGUUGGUUCAUACUAUAUUUGGUGCUCGCAUAGUUUUUCUACCCUCUGCCUUAGCUGCUAUUUUAUCGGCUGCACCAUUUUUGGGUAGUUACUGGUGUGCUUUACCGGCUCUAUUGGAAAUAUGGCUUGCACAAGAUCGUCUCUAUGCCGGCGUUGUAUUAUUCUUAUUACAAUUCUUUGUGCCUCCCUAUUUUGAGGCUGCUAUAUAUGCUGAAAUGAAGGGUGGUGGUCAUCCUUAUUUGACUGGUUUGGCAAUUGCCGGUGGCAUGUAUUGGAUCGGUUGGCAGGGAGCCAUAUUUGGCCCAUUAAUGUUGUGUUUCUUUAUUGGUAUUUUUGAAGUAGCAGCUGUAGCAAUGCGUGCUAAUGAAGAUGCCAGACGUAGCUCUGAUGAAGAUACUCGUACAACUAAUAUAGCGGUGGUCGAUGCAAUUACUCAAAUGAAAAGUGUCAAUAACGAACAUAAUAAGAAAAAUUCUAUAAAAUUUCUUAACCAAAAAGUAAGCAAAUUGGAAGAAAAUAAAGAAAUGGCCACAACGAAAAAAUCUAACGAAGCCUUAGAAUCCUCUAAACAACAAACUAAGAACGAACUUUUAACAAAUAAUAAUGUAAACAAUAACAAAGAUGGACAUGAAAUGGAAACAUGUAACACUAACAUUAAGAUGAAUGGAAACCUUGAAUAUAAUAAAAAUAAUAAGGAUAAAAUAAAGAUAUCGGAAGAACUAGAGACUCCCUCAGGGGAAAGGGAUGUAGUAAAUAAUAAAGCAAAUGAUAAAAUGGAUGAAAAUAAUUUGGAAAAAAGUAAAACAAAUAUUAAGAUGAAUGGAAACCUUGAGAAUAAGGAUAACAUAAAGAUAUCAAAAGAAAUAGAAACUCCCACAAACAGGGAUGUAAUUGAUGGAAUUGAAACAUUUGAACCAACCACAACAGCUCAGAAUAAUUUAAAGCUUACAGAAGAUAAAAGAUCUUCUAUAACAGCACCGAAAUCAGUGGAGUUGAAAAUAGUUACUACUACAUUUCUGCCAGCCACAUUUGAGAAAAAAUUUUGCUAAUUUACAAUGUUUUAAAUAAAUAUUUGUAUGUGUUUUAUAUAACAUAUCUGUGUAUAGGUAUAAUUUACUUUGUUCCGGUGAUGAACUUUAUCUAAAUAUAUGUAUAUAGGAAUCAGCAAAGUUUCCAUUAACGGUUUCAUCUUUUUGUGUAAACCGAAAGCUAACACGAUUUAACAUUUCUCCCUCCUAAUUAAUUAAGAGUACUUCUUUUGGUACUUAACAUUAUUCCUGCCAAAGGAUUAGACUUUAUUUUUAUUUUUAAUAUACAUAUUUAUUAUAUUUUUCUUUUUUGUAAUAAAUUUUUUCUA